UGGCCGCGCAGGAAGUUUGCCGCGGAGACAAGGUAGCCCGGGCACCAGAAUGGUGUGUGGCACGAGAACUGCAACCUUCGAUGGUGUUUCUCGUAAAUAUGACCUCCAAUAUUGACCUCCUGGAUGCGUGAAAUCCAGAAACACUCGGCCAACCUCUCACACAUUCCAUUCUCAAUUAUCUCAUGAUGCCACCUAUUUCCGAAGAGAUCAGGCCAUCCGAAACAAUCUCUGUGAGAAAGACUCAGGAGCCACAGCUGUACCAGAAUGCCGAUCAAGACGAUCUCGAGUCCAAGGCGAAGAAGUACCUGCUCAACUAUGGGACCAAAUUUGAGAAAGAUGUAAUCACAGGAAGUCAUGGAAUGUACGUUUAUACAGCACAAGGCCACAGAAUUCUUGACUGGACCUCUGGACAGAUGUCCUGUCUCCUCGGCCAUGGAAAUCCAGAAAUAGUCCAAGUCAUUCAUGACCAUGCACGGGGCUUAGACCAUCUGUUUUCCGGGAUGGUCUCGCCUCCAGUAAUCAGCUUGGCGGAACGUCUCGCUUCAAUACUGCCAGCGGGGUUGGACAAAGCAUUCUUCCUCAGUACCGGCGGAGAAAGCAACGAGGCAGCGAUCAAGAUGGCGAAAGUAUACACCGGCAAGUUCGAAAUUGUUGGCCUGGGUGCUAGUUGGCAUGGCGUGACUGCACAAGCUUUGGGAACACAGUAUCACUACGGGCGGAAAGGCCAAGGACCUCUGAUGCCUGGUAUGCACAUGUUACCCGCGCCGAACGCAUAUAGGUCGAUAUUUCGAAACACAGAUGGCUCAUAUGACUGGGAGACCGAGCUCAACUAUGGCUGGAGCCUGAUCGAUCGAGCGUCUUGCGGAUCAUUGGCUGCAUGUAUCGUUGAAUGCAUCCAGUCAUCAGCUGGCAUGCAUGUUCUCCCGAAAGGAUAUCUGAAGGCUCUCAGAAAACAUUGCGAUGAACAAGGCAUGCUCCUGAUAGUCGACGAAGCGCAGACUGGUGUCGGUAGGUGCGGCAACAUCAUGGCAAUCGAGUACGAAGACGUCGUGCCUGACAUUUUGACAUUGAGCAAGACGCUUGGGAAUGGUCUGCCCCUGAGCGCAGUGAUUACGAGCGCUGAGAUUGAACGCGUCUGCGUCGAGCGCGACUAUUGCUUCUACACCACUCAUGUCAACGAUCCUCUUCCUGCAGCUGUAGGCGACAAGGUACUUGAGCUUGUCCUUCGUGAUAAUCUUGUACAGCACUCAAAGUCGCUUGGAGAGGAGCUUCAUGCCGGGCUGCGCAAACUCAGCACCCGAUACGGCUGCAUCGGAGACGUGCGUGGACGAGGCUUGAUGGCGGGUGUAGAGAUUGUCGGGGAUCGAAAGACAAAGAAGCCUGAUCUCGAGCUUGCAAAAUCGAUUGCUGAUAAGGCGUAUGAACUAGGACUCUGGGCGAAUUUGAGCAGCCAUGCAAGCUUCGGAGGCGUUUUCAGAAUUGCACCGCCAAUUGUAAUCAGCAAGUCGCAGCUUGAUGAAGGCCUGACAAUCCUCGAGGAAGCCUUUCGGUCAACUCCUGGGAGUAUGCGACUGUAUUAGAUUGCCUUCACGUGAAUGCUAUAGUAGCUGGGAUUCGGCACAACAUGACUUUGAUGAAUUGUGAAGAAGUCAGGAAUGGG